CGCCAAACCUCUACACGCCACAGUCAAACCUUCAGUCGCCAUUCCUCAACGGCCAGCAGCAAUUUCAGGGACAGCAAGGAUCAGGUGACGCGCCCGGUUACUAUCCGCCGAGCCAGAGCCCUAGAAGUCAAAGUAGUGCUGCAGGACCUUACUACUCAACUGAAAAGCCCGAUUCUAUGGCAGCGGCAGCGACCAUGCAGCGGCCGUAUCCCCCAAUAUAUACGCCGCAAUCGAAUUCACCGGCGUCGGUAGCCUCGCCUCAGUCUCACGAUCAUGGCAGGCCCAUGUACGGGCAACCGGGUCCUCAGCUGGGCCAGCCUCUAUAUGGCUACCCGCAAUAUCAAUCCCUGAGUCAAGUACACCAACCUCCAUACGGAGGCCACCAUGCGCAAGCUCAACAGCACCAAAUGAGCUCUCAGCCGAUGCUGUAUCAGACUACGUCAUCCCAGAUCACCCAGGGACAGGUUGCUCCUCACCAUUCCGCAAUUGCGAGCAGUCCCAGGCUCAAAACUGAGUCGGCUCAAUCAUACCAGCAGACUCCCCAGGCGCGAGCAGGAAUCCUCCCGCAACAGCAGCCGCCGCAACAUACUCCUACCACACCUCAGACUCCCGUUCUCCCACAAUCUCAGCAACAACAGCAGCAGCAACAGACGCCAUCAAACAUGCCCCCCAACUCAAAUGCUGCCCCCGGUCCGAUUCCUGCCACAACUCCAUUAGUCGUUCGACAGGAUAACAAUGGCGUCCAAUGGAUCUCAUUCGAAUAUUCCCGCGAUCGGGUCAAAAUGGAGUACACAAUACGGUGCGACGUCGAGUCGGUGGAUGCAAAUGCCUUGUCGCAGGAAUUCAAGUCGGAAAACUGCGUGUAUCCACGGGCGUGUGUGCCAAAAGAACAGUACAAGGGCAAUCGACUUGCCUACGAGACUGACUGCAAUCAAGUUGGCUGGGCUUUGGCAGAGUUGAAUCCGUGUCUUCGAGGGAAGCGUGGUUUGAUCCAGAGAGCUGUCGAUAGUUGGAGAAACAGCAAUCAAGAUCCGCGAUUGAGGAGCCGUCGUGUCAGGCGUCAAGCUAAAAUGACCAACAGAUCGAAAAUGACACCUACGGCUGCAAGCCAGCCGCCUGGACCACCUGGACCUGUACAAACGGGUGUGCCGACAGGGCUUCCUGGUCCAAACUCUAUGCCAGCUCCGAGCACUAGACCCCCCGGAGGACUGCCUAGUGCCCCGAACCAAAUACUGCAUCACCACCCGGAUGUGUCCCCUGCGGCACACAGCAAUGUUGGAGCUUCACCUUACAACACCACUCCCCAAGGAUAUCGUCAGGACUCUGCCAGUCAACAUAUGCCUAGCCCCAACGACAUCCGUCAGAGCCACGUUUUCCCGGGCUACGCAAACUAUCCGCAGGCAGCUACUUCGAUGGCACCAUCGAUGGCACCACCUAUGCAAGGAGGACUGCAUCACCUUGGACGCCCGGGCGGGACAGCUGCAAUGGCUACCAAAGAACUGGAUGGUAAGAAUGAGGAAGACAACGCAUUGUUCGGCGACUUACCGGAAAGCAAAAGACGCAAAUUUAUCCUCGUGGAGGACACUCAAAAGAAUGCCCGAGUACGGGUCAAGGUUACUCUAGACCAAAUCGAAAUGAGCGAGAUCCCCGAUUCCUACCGCAAACAGAAUUCUGUCUUCCCACGCGCAUAUUUUCCGAUUCAGAUGCAGACCGCGCCCGAGGCGAGCCGAGGUGACCGCUUUGUUGAGGAAGGAGAAGAGGUGGACGGAGGGCCGCCUACACUCGGGAAGACCGCGGUCUCGGUGCAAACCACUGACGGCGAGGCGGAAGUUGAUGUUCCUCAAAUUUCAAGAAGCAAGCGUGGCCGGGAGCAGAAGCUGAACGAGUUGGGACAUCGCAUGGCAUGGGGUCAAGGUCGCGUGUUUUCAGGGCGACCUAUCUUUCUCGCUCGUGCCUUGGACGCCUAUCGCAGCAAACAACGAAAUGCCCUGCUUGCAGCAGGCUCGGAUGCAUCGAGCAUUCCAGCCCACCUCGAAAGCCGACCAGGAAAGCGAAAGUGGCUUGAGAGGACAAAGGCUGUCACUCAACCCAUGACGCCUCCAACCACUGCUUCCGAAUGAACGAGUAUGCGUCAUGCCAAUGCACACAAAUUUGUCGCCUCUUCGAAUUCAUCCUUUUCUACGAUACCCCUA